AUGUCACAUCAGCUGAGAAGUACUGAGUCAAGCACACAGAACCCAGCACCUUCAGGUUUCCAAAGAAAUGAGUAUGCUGAGGCCCAGCUUCAAGAGAUUAUCAAAAAAUUGCGGGAAAGGUCAAAUAUCUAUAAGGAAAAGCUGAACGACCCAGUGCUGUCUUCACCUGAAGGCAGUCCUACAAAAGAGGAGGCAGAAGCAAAGCCAGAGGAGGAUCAUUACUGCGAUAUGUUGUGCUGUAAAUUCAAAAAACCCCCGCUGAAAAAAUACAUGGAACAUCUGCAGCUACCAGAGACCAUAGACUCAUACACAGAUCGCCGUUACGUAGGAUGGCUCAUGCUUGUGACAAUCGCCUAUAACUGGAAUUGCUGGUUUAUUCCCCUUCGCUAUGUGUUCCCAUAUCAAACCCCAAGUAACGCAAUAUAUUGGUUUGCCAUUGAUGUCAUUUGUGAUAUUUGCUACCUCUGUGACUUACUGAUUUUCCAGCCCCGAGUGCGAUUUAUAAGAGGGGGAGACAUAAUAAUAGAUAAAGUGGAAACGAAAAAAUUCUACCACAGCACUGUGAAAUUUCGGCUUGAUGUGAUAUCAGUAUUGCCAUUUGACAUUUUAUACUUCUUCUUUGGAUUUAAUCCAGCACUUAGAGUAAACAGGAUGCUAAAGCAUAACACAUUCUUUGAGUUUAAUGAUCGUUUGGAAGCUAUUAUGGAAAAAGCAUACAUCUACAGGGUCAUUCGAACAACUGGAUACUUGCUGUUUAUCUUACACAUUAAUGCAUGCCUGUAUUAUUGGGCUUCAGACUAUGAAGGACUUGGCAGCACUAGAUGGGUGUACGAUGGUGAAGGAAACAUGUACCUGAGGUGUUACUACUGGGCGGUUCGCAGUUUAAUCACCAUCGGUGGCCUUGCAGAACCACAAACGCUGUUUGAGAUAAUUUUUCAACUGCUGAAUUAUUUCAUGGGUGUCUUUGUCUUCUCCAGCUUAAUUGGUCAGAUGAGAGAUGUAAUUGGAGCAGCAACAGCAGGACAGAACUACUUUCGUUCCUGUGUGGAUAACACUGUCUCCUAUAUGAACACUUAUUCUAUUCCAAGAUUGGUCCAAAAUCGUGUUCGAACUUGGUAUGAAUACACAUGGGACUCUCAGGGAAUGCUGGAUGAAUCAGAAUUACUGGAGCAGAUGCCAACAAGAAUGCAAUUAGCCAUCGCAAUUGAUGUGAACUUUGCCAUUGUCAAUAAAGUGGACUUAUUCAAAGGCUGUGAUACCCAGAUGAUAUAUGACAUGCUGCUAAGGUUGAAAUCCAUUGUGUAUUUACCUGGUGACUUUGUCUGCAAAAAGGGAGAGAUUGGCAGAGAGAUGUACAUCAUCAAACAGGGUGAAGUUCAAGUCCUUGGAGGUCCUGAUGGUACAAAAGUCCUGGUUACACUAAGAGCAGGAGCUGUAUUUGGGGAGAUCAGGGUGCUGCUGAAACAGAAGGGGAAACCUCCUCCAGGACCACCAGUACAACAACCACGAGGCUUGGCCAGUCUCUUCGGGCAGAAACAGGAAACUCCAAAAUUGUUUAAAGCGAUGCUUGGAGCCAGAGGAAAAGAUGGCCUUGCUAAGCUGCUGCAGCUGAAGAGACAACAAGACGCUGAGGAAGCUAAAGCUGAAACAGAGACUAAGCCUAAAGAAGAGGAGAAGAUGACUGAGAAGCCUGCAGCCUCCUCUGCACCCCCUGCUCCAAAGAGCGAGCCAAAGGCAGAUGCUAAGCCUGCAGUUAUGCAGAGAGUAACCAGUAAGGAGUCUCUGAUCAUUAGUAUGUCACCAUCCCCCAGAGCAGGAGAAGGAGAGAUCCUUAAAGUUGAAGUUAAAGAGUCACAAAAGAAAUAG